CAAAAUAAAAAUGGCUGCAGCAAAAUAGACUGAAAUGAAACGGAUUUUGGUCUCUGAGGAUUUCUGAUUGAAGAGUCCUUACAUUAUACAAUACGGAGAUGAAGGAGAUCCCGUUUCGUUUUGUCGGCUAUGAGGUCUGGACCCAGCUGGCUAACAAGUUAGACCCGGAUACCGGACUUAACGGCAACAACUGGAGAAUGUUAGCCGAGAGGCUCGGCUACUCCACGGAAGUCAUACUGUGUCUUGAGUCCAAAAAGACGUCCCAUGGGCGUAACACCUUAACGUUAUUUGAGGAGUAUAUUAAGAAGAAGGAUUCUUCGGUGAAUGCAGUCAUGAAGGCAUUAGAGGGUAUGGAGAGAAAAGAUGCCUUGGAGGUUCUCCAGAACUCCAUACCAGAAAUUCAGAGACGGUUUGAAGCCGACUUGAAGAGCAUGCCUAUGAAACAGGAGCCUCAAGAACACAAUGAAUGUACACCGUGUUUCCAUUCUUAUCCUAACGGUUCCUUAUCCUCCACCCACCACUCCAGUUAUCCAAGGUUUGGGGUACCACCUUGUUCUCACAUGCCCCAUCACAUGAACAUUGUAGGGUCUUCUCAUUCUAAUGCUUACAGCAACCUCGAGCCAGAUAUGCCAAAAAAAAUCAACACCUCAACUGUGUAUAACUCUACAAAGCAUGUGACGCAGGGGAUUCUCCGAAUGGGAACAAAUUAUCAGCACUCAGGGACCCAUACAGCAAUGUCCACAAACAUUCGAGGAGGCAGCAUGGCCGUGCAAGUGGACAGGAGAGACAAUUACACCAAUGACGAGAUCGAGAUGGCUGAGCUGCCGAGUCAUGGCACCAGAUACCGUGAGGAACCACAACCGCUUCCUGCGGGGAUUUACAGAGGCCAGUACAUGAAUUCUCUCAGUCGAGCCUCCAACAUGGUCAACUCUCAGGACAUGGCGGUAGCCAGUGAAGAAGUGGUGGGUACCAGCCCCAGCUAUAUUGAUACAGUCAAACAGCAUGGGUCUUUAAAGAGACAAAACUCAGUUGAGUCCAAUGCAAGGCAGCCAGUGGGUGAGGUUCAUGGUAAGAAACCAGAUUCAAACAAAAAGCUAGCACUGAACAUCCCCACCUCGUACAACAGAAACCACAUGCAGGCAAUGAAGCUACAGAAUAACUUUAUCAGCCCGAGUCCCAAUCAGACUCCAACUUCAUCCUUACAGAAUCCUCUAGACAAACUCCGACAAAUCACCGGGUCUAACUCAUACAUGCCAGAUGAGAAAUACCAAAGCAUGAUCGAAGAGAAGAACCGUGAGGAGAUGUUAUAUAAUAGGUGUGGAGAGGAGAAUUUUAGAAAAGGCACAACUUCAUCUUGUCAGUACGAGGCAGAUCCCAACAGCAGGGGGGCAAUGAUGCAGGCGGGGGAUUCAGGGUGGUUCAACUUCAAACAAGGUCAGCGGGGGAACUCUCAGAUGGCCAACCACAUGAAGCUUACGAAGGACCUGGGUCCUCGCACGUUUCCCCUAAGGUCCAAGUCACUGACGGCUUGUGCGGGGGAUGAGGCAGAUUCCCAGGAAAGAUCUAACCUCUCCAAGUCACAGUCCAUGCCCCACGACAUGAAACCAGCAGAAUACAGAAAAGCAUUUCGUCAUAUUAAAGUAUUUGUCACAUAUUCAACGGACUCCAAACGACACAUACAGAAAGUUUUGAACCUUUGCCGCUGUAUAGAAAAGAAUGGCUUUACUUGUUGUAUGGACAUGUACAAUCGCCGGAUGCCAACAGAGGAUAAACUGGGCUGGGUCAAGGAGAGGUUUGAUGAGGCUGACUUUAUUCUGAUCUGUGUUUCUGAGAACUACAUUGAGGAGACAGAGAGGUGCCAGGGUGAUGUAAUCGAGUCCACCUCAGACAAACAGCUCCACACAGACUACAUUUACCAGCUGAUGGUGCUCGAAUACAAUCAAAUCGGCCGUAACAAACGAUUCAUCCCCGUCAUGUUAGAUGGCACUUCUGAAGAACAUAUCCCCUCCUGGCUACAAAAUACACUCUUCUACAAGUGGCCCACCCACUUUAGGGAUCUUUUGUGGUUCCUGACUAAACCAGAAACACGUAUAAAGACAAAAACUGUGACAGAAGAGAGAAGGUCAUCCGAGGAGGAAGAAAUGAUGCCAGAUUCACCCCCCGCUGCAGCGGCCACUUAAUGGAGUGGUGGAUCUAUGUAUUGCUGGAAUGUUGACACUAAAAGUGAGGGUACACAGUCAUUGAACGAGUAAAUGAACUGGAAAGGGAUGUUUUCAAUCAGUGGUGUUUAUGUAUUUCUGCAUGUUUGUUCAGAUAUCAAGCAAUGGAGGUUGAGGACUCAUUGUCUUGGUGCCAAUUUGUUUUCUCUGUGUUUUUUUUUUUUUUUCAUGAAAUCUGUAAACACAUGACUUGUUGACAGGUGUACUUUAGUCUACUAGGAGCUAAGCUCUGAAUGGACAUAGACUUAGCAGCUAUAUUCUGAUCACAAGAGGGACCUGCAGGCCAGCUAUGAUUGGACACAAGGAAUCAGUUUUUGAACAGUUUUUGAGCUCUGGUUGGAGAAAGGACCCCACAGCCCAGUUUUGAUUGCAUGCUUGAUAUGUGCACAUAUUGUCGCUAAGGACUCCUUAGCCAAGUUCUGAUUGGAUGUUUGGUUUGUUUCCUAUUAUGUGUGCAUAUUAUGACUAUGUUUGUUUCUGUCAAAAAUUAAUGUAAUCCAAGUUUUGUUACUGUUGUUGAUUUUUUUUUAUUAUUUAUGAAUGAUCUCAUGUUAAUCUGACAUACUUGUGAGUGUUAUGUGUUGGAGAAUAUUCAAGGAUCUGAGGGGAAAUUAUCAUGUUAUCCUUAGCCUUUAUAAAGUUGAUUAUAAAAUGUUUAGCAAAGAGUCAGCUUGGGAAAAAAAGAUUGCCAUUUUUAUAUAAGAUAGUGUUAGCAUGGUGUGAAUUGGAAGGAUUUUUCUGUAGGUGCCAUAUAUAAGGAGGAUAAAUUCUUUUGAAAGUUUUUAUUAAUAAUAAUGUUUUAUAAAUGUUCUUUUUAAAUAUAUUUAAUAAUGUUAAUAUUAAAUUUUAACAUCAUGGAUGUUUUUAAAGUGUUUAUAUUUAAUGAAAUCUAAUUUCAAAGAUUCCCCUAAAUACCAAAAAAUUGUUUAGAAAAGGUGCAUAUGAUAAGAUUUUAAUUUUAUUUAUAUAAAUGUACAUGAUGUAUAUAGGAAGUCCAUUUACUUGCUUGUUUUAUACUAGUGUAUGAAUUGUGAUAAGUUAAUGAGAAAACUACAAAUAUAUUCAUGAAAAGGUAAUGGAAAAUUAAGAUACAAUGUAUUUUCACAUAUAAUGAUGAUGGGUAGAAUUGAAAGCUUGUGUUAUCAACAGUUUUCAUGUUAUCUCAUCAAUUGUUUCUUUAUUUUAUUAUUUCAAUUGUCUGAAUGCUUUCCUUAUUGUGUUUAUAUGAGAUUUUUGGGGUAUUGAAAUGCUACUUGGGACAUACAACUUUUAAUAUUUAUGCUAUGAAUGAAAAUUUUUGGAAGGUACAUGAAAUAAAACAUUCCAUUUUCACAUAUAUAUUUAUUGAUGCCCACAGUAUACUAUUUUAUUGCCGGGACUGAAAAGUUGAUCUUGAAGAAAAAAAUCCUCAUGAUAAACCUUCACCAUAUGCUGCAAUUUGAUGUAUUUUCUUUGAUUAUUAAGCUGUUGGUUUUUACUUAAAAAUGUAGAACAUGAGAGAAAGAUUUUAAACAAUUUUCACCCUUGAUUGAUUCCAUGUUUGUUGAAUUCCAUAUUUUUUUUUUUACAAUAGCAUUAUUUUUAGCAUCACUUUACAUAUUUAGUAAUUUUUAAAAAUAUUUGCAUUCCAAACAUGAUUUGUCAUGAUUAAUUUCAAAGAUAUAUUGCAUUCUUUUCUAUGAGUAAAGAAAGAUAAAAAUAAAAUUGUGGCAUUUCAGUUAAAUAAAUGGGCAUUCCAUUCUCCAUGUUUUGAUGCAUUCCAAAGUCUUGGGCCUUUUUUUGAUUUUUAAUAUGGACAUUUGUCAUUUUCAUAUGAUUGUCUUUUUCAUAUAAAUGCAUGUUUCAGUGUUUCUGCUCGUAUCCAGGUUUUUGAUAUUAUACAUUUUCAUACUAAGCAAUUUUCCCUGAAAUUUCAACACUCCUUUUACAGAAGGAUUUUGCAAUGUCCUGUGAAGAUUGGGCAAGUGCAAUAUUGUUAGUUUUAUAAACUGUAGUUCUAUGAAUCUAAGAAUUAAAACUUUUAAAAUUUAUUAAACUGUUGAAGAAGUUACAUCAUCUCAUUGUCUUCUAAGGCAAAUGUUAUUAGAUAGAAGUUUGAAAAACUUAUUUUUAUGGUAGAAAUGUUGUUGCUUUGAUACAGUUUUGAAUUUUACUAUUAAUUUUGUAACAGUUAGUAUGGUUAUUGUUGUAUGACUGUUUUGUAAAAAAUCAAAUAUCUGUACAUUUAUCUAUAUUUCUUCCUGUUGGUCAGUGAUAUUUUGUAUUUUGUGUAAAUUUAGUCAUAUAGAAAUAUUCAUGAUCUUUUUUUUUUUUUGAUUUUUGGAAAAAUGAUUGAAAUGUAAAGAUUUGAUGCCAUGCCUUCUGUGAAAGUAUUGUAAUUCAAAUUUUUCAAGAUAUGCCUUUAAGCCUUUGUCCUACUAAAGAUACGAUGAAGGGGGGGGGGGGUAUAGGGUCAAUAUUAUUUACUGAUAUAAGAUUUUACCUUCAGCAAACAAGCUUCUCAUGCAUUAAGUUCUCUAUAUAUAAAUAAAGUGUUUAUUAAAAUAUCAUGAAUUAAGAAGUAAGAGAAAAGGCUAAGAGUUGAGAUGGGUAGCAAAUCAAUUGUGAUUAUGAUAAAAGAAAUGAAAUACAGUAAAACUUGUCUAAUUCGGACCCUAUUUGUUCCAAAGAAAUUGGCCAGAUUACCGGUAGACAAUAUACCAGAGAAAUCAACAUAUAAAGCAAUUGAAAUUGCUAAAAGGAACUUGAAGUUAACAUCAUAUUAGACAAGAUUUCAGAAAACACAACAUUCAGAUGAGACAUGUUUCACUGUAAUUGUGAUUAAAGAUAUUGUAUCUUGAUAAUGCCAAUUCCGAGUUUAAUUUUUUGGAGGGAGGAGAUUGCUUUGUAAUAUACAUUUAAUUUUAGGUAUUAUUUUGUAUUUAUUAAUCCUAACAGAAGAUAUUUUAUAGAUAAUUUUGUUUGAAAAAGCUUUAGUGUUAUGUACUCUGCUUCAUAACUCUAUUUUGUGUCAAAGAAAAGCAUUAAAACAAAGAUGAUUAUAGCUGUCAUUUUUAUGUAAAUAAUAUUGUACUUUGUUAUUGUUUUGGCAUCUAUCCAAUAUCAGUAUACCUUGUUAAAUGUGCUGCCAUGCAAAGAAAAUUGACUUCAAGAUUUUUAAUUGUCAUUGUAAGAAUAAUGAAAUUUAUACGCAACA